AUGCAGAGCCCCCUCCCCGAUGGUCACAUGUAUGACGAAAGAGAGGAUAGAGCCAAUUGUUGCACUACGGCUGAUUGCGUGCUCGGAAAGAGUCUCUGGGGAAACCCUAGGCACCACCCUGCAGACGAGGUCGUUAGCCCGUGGAGCUGUCAAUCCGAGGCGCUCGGUCAUGUCGACUUUCCCGCACCCCUCGGGCAACCUCCAGUCAAAGCACUGCACCAUUGUCCCAAUAAUAACGAUGAGCUCCUGUAUGGCGAGCAGCAUCCCCGGGCAGCCCCUCCUGCCCGUCCCGAAAGGCAGGAGCUCAAAGUGCUGCCCCUUGAUGUCUAUGGAGCUCCCGAUAAACCUCUCGGGCCGGAACUGCAUUGGGUCCUCCCAGUAGUUGGGGUUCCUCCCCAUGGACCAGAUGUUGACGAAAAGGAGGGAGUUGGCAGGGAUGGAGUGCCCCCCCACCACAGAGGCAGAUUGGGCCAGUCCGACUCCUCAACCAGCCGGUCAAGGCCCACCACUUGGUCAAUCUCGUUCUGGGCCUUCUUGAGCACAUCAGGGUUGUUGAUGAGCUCAGCUAUGGCCCACUCAGUCGCAAUGGCUGUUGUAUCCGUACCCGCCAAUCAAAGCCUUGAGAUGUUCUCUGGUAAAGUUCACCUCCGCCUUGCCGCCUUCCAUCACAUCGAGGAACAUAUCCAAAAAAUCCCUCGCCUCCUCUCCUCUGCCGUGGCUCCGCCGCUCCUCUUCCCUGUCACUAAUAAUCUUCUCCAGCAGGGCAUCGUACCUCCUCUGAAUAUCCUCCGACCUCUUCCUAAUCCCCUGCAGAUCCAAAUUCUUGAAGAACCAGAUCAAAUCUGCCACGUCAAACUCCCCGAAAAUCUGCGUCACCUGUCGAAUCACAGUCCGGGCGGCCUCCGCGUCCCCCUCUGUCCCGGAGCACCGAAUGCUGAGCAUCAUGUGGGAGAUGACGUUGCUGGCCAAUUUGACGAGCUCCUCGGCGCGGACCUCCAUAGUACGGACGGGCUGGAAGUGGCUCAGGUUGCGGGCGCCCAAGAGCUCGUAGGUGCAGAGCUUCUUGAUGUAUUUCCAGUAGGGCCCAUAGGGGGAGAAUGCAAAGGAGGACUCGUAAGUGACGACGUCGAUGGCGGUGGAGUGCUUGCGGUUGGAGAACACGAUCUCGUGGGUCUUGAGGAACUCGCGGGCGAGCUCCGGGGUGGAGGCCACGACGCAGAAGACGGAGCCCAGCCGGAGCUGGAACAGGGUGCCGUGCCGCCUGCCGAGCUCGUGGAAGGUCUGGUGCAGGUGGGGGCCCAGGAGGUGGAGAUGGCCAAUGAUGGGGAGGGCCAGGGGGCCGGGAGGGAGAGGCGGCCCGCGGCGGCGUUUGCGAGCUAG